AUGAUCCAUGCGGCUGCUCCCCAUUUUCUGUGGCCGUUUGCGGUCCGGUACGCUGCGCAUCAACUCAACCUCUGGCCUCGCACUCGCCUACACUUUGUUGGGUGGACGGGGGAGGUUGGCGAUGCGUCGGUGUUCCGGGUCUGGGGCAUCGUGCCUUUGUCCGCGAUACCUCCGCGGACAAGCUCUCCUCCCGCGCCAUUCCCUGUGUCUUCCUUGGCUUCCCCCCUAACGCGCCUGGCUAGCAGUUUUACUCCCUCACCUUCGUCGCGCCGUGUCUUCCCCUCUCAGGACGUCACGUUUGACGAGUCGGUUCCCUUUUACCGUCUCUUCUCCUUCCGCACUGCCCCGCUCCCCCCCCCGCCGCUCUUCCUUGCUCCAGGUCCCCCUCCGGUAGACCCCCUCCCCCCUCAAGGUCCUACUCCUUCAGGUGUGUCUCAGAGCCUGAGCGUGCGGAGCCUGGGGGUGCUGAGCCUGCGAGUGCGGAGCCUGGAGGUGCUGAGCCUGAGCGUGCGGAGCCUGGGGGUGCUGAGCCUGCGGGUGCGGAGCCUGGGGGUGCUGAGCAUGCGGGUGCAGAGCCUGGGGGUGCUGAGCUUUGAGCGUGUGGAGCCUGGGGGUGCUGAGCCUGAGGGUGCGGAGCCUGGGGGUGCUGAGUCUGGGGGUGCUGGGUCUAGGAGUACUGCGUCUACACUACGGGAGCCUCUCUCACCACAGCAGCUGCGCGAGUGGUACGCUCGGCGCACCCGCCUUCGGAGUGGCGCUGCUGGAGCUGGAGGCCCUGGAGCUGCUAGUCCUGGAGGUGCUGGAGAGGGUCUAGCCGGCGGGAGCCUCUCUCACCACAGCAGCUGCGCGAGUGGUACGCUCGGCGCACCCGCCUUCGGAGUGGCGCUGCUGGAGCCGGAAGCCCUGCCGCUGGAGGCACUGACACUGGAGGCACUGGAGCUGGAGGCCCUGCCGCUGGAGCCACUGGCGCUGGAGAAGCUGGAGUUGGAGACCCUGGAGCUGGAGGCACUGGAGCUGGAGGCGCUGGAGCUGGAGGCGCUGGAGCUGACGCUGGCCUUGGAGACCCUGAAGCUGGAGGCACUGGAGCUGGAGGUGCUGGAGCUGGAGGCGCUAGGGCUGGCGGUCCUGGAGCUGGAGGCACUGGAGUUGGAGGCUCUGGAGCUGGAGCAACUUGAGCUGGAGGUACUGGAGGUACUGGAGGAGCUAGAGCUGCUGGUGCUGGAGAUGCUGGUGGUGCUUGCACUGCUGGUCCCUGAGGUGCUCGUACUGGAGCUGUUAGAGCUGGAGGUGCUGGAGCUGGAGGCGCUGGAGCUAGAGGCGCUGGAGCUGGAGGUUCUGGAGCUGCUGGAGGCGCUGGAGCUGCUGGUACUCGUACUGGAGGUGCUGGUGCUGGUGGUACUGGUGCUGGUGGUACUGCUCAGCGUCGACUGUUCUUCGCUCUGCCGUCUGCGUCGUCUCUGCCACUGCCUGAGCGCCAGCAGCGCAGCAGCAGAAGCAGCAGCAGCAGCAGCAGCAGCAGCGGUAGCAGCAGCAGCAGCAGCAGCAGCAGCAGCAGCAGCAGCAGCAGCAGCAGCAGCAGCAGCAGCAGCAGCAGCAGCAGCAGCAGCAGCAGCAGCAGCAGCAGCAGCAGCAGCAGCAGCAGCAGCAGCAGCAGCAGCAGCAGCAGCAGCAGCAGCAGCAGCAGCAACAGCAGCAGCAGCAGCAGCAACAGCGGCAGCAGUAGCAGCAGCCGCCUCUCUCGAAGCAGCAGCAGGGGCAGCAGCCGACUCCAGGAGCACGUCAGCAGUCACGUGGUGA